GGUAAAAUGUCGUCUCUUAUCAUCUUUUAUUUAAACCUUGUAGGCUGUGUUGUGUCGCAUUUUAAUCUACGAUCGCUUAAUCUGUGAUAAAAUCAAUUAACCUUUACAAAACCAUAUAAAAUAUGAAUAUGUUUUACAAUUAUAACUACAUGAGAUAACCAAGGCUAAAUCAAAACUAGAUAUAUAAUAGAGGGAAGAAGAAUUUGUGUUUCAUCUAAAGGCACUAUGUAUAAACAAAAAGAAUAUAACAAAUUUGUUAAAGAGAUAUGAAGAACGUUAUAAUCUCUGAGAACAGUAUUGUAGUAGUAAAGCUGUUUAAUAUUAUAAACAGAAAAUUUUGAAUUUAUCAGCUAGUUAAAUAUAAUUACAAAACGAUUUAUUAAUAACAACAAAAAUGCAGUGCAGAAUUGAUGAUUUACCAGAUGAAUUGUUAGAGUAUAUUUUAAGUCUUAUUCCUCCUUACAAAGAUUUACAAGAAUGUAAGCUUGUGUCGAAACGGUGGUUUCGUGCAACUAAAAAUGUCAUAGAGCACAAUGAGGCACACUUUCGCAAAGCUGUAUCAUUUGGUGCUUUGUUUUGGAGUCUUUGGCCAAAAAAAACUCGAAUGCCUACGAUAAGCAAAAGACAUUCUCAUUCAGCCUGUAUUUAUGAGAACUCUAUGUAUGUAUUUGGAGGAUGUACUGCUACUUCUACUACAUUUAAUGAUUUAUGGAGACUAGAUUUAGAUACAAGGACUUGGGUCAGACCAAUCACAAUGGGCAGCUAUCCAUCUCCAAAGGCCUGUGCUACAAUGUUGUAUUACAAAAAAAAUUUUGUUCUGUUUGGAGGAUGGUCUUAUCCUUCUCGUUAUCCUUUACAUCAGCAAUGGAAACUGUUUAAUGAGUUACAUGUCUACUCAAUAGAAACAAAUAAAUGGAAUGCUAUUAACACAUUAGAAGCACCACCACCUAUGUCAGCUCAUUCUGCAACGAUUCAUGGAAAUAAUAUGGUUGUUUUUGGUGGUAUUCAUUGUGGGCUUCGUUCCAAUGACUUGUGGUGUUUAAACUUGGAUACAUAUUCUUGGCAUAAACAAGCCACAGCAAUUAUAAAACCACGACCGCGUUAUGGUCAAUCGCAAAUUCAUUUAGGAGACAAACAUAUCCUUGUGCUAGGAGGUUGUACCGGUCCUAAUGCAGCUAUGAACGAUGCUUGGUUAUUAAAUAUGACAGAGCCAACAUGGAAAUGGAAAAAAGUAAUGUUAUAUCAUCCAGAAUGGGCACCAGCGCGUAUUUGGUGUCAUCAAGCUUGCAAGGUUGGAAACUAUAUUGUUGUGUUAAGUAACAACAAGCGACAUGCUAAAGUAAAUGAUAUGAGCAUAGCAAUGAAAAAUGUUGCUUGUCAAAGACCAUCCAGAUUACCUGAUGUGUCUCCUUUGCAAGAAAGUAAACAAAGACACAGAGCAGACAUAGAUACAGAUGAAAAUGUCAAUGGACGACAUGGGUCUUUCUCAAGAUCACCCUCACAAAGUAGAAUGAGUAACCCACCUUCGCGAAAAUCAAAUUUUUCAAAAAUCGUGCCAUUUUGUUGUGACAGUGCACUGAGUAUGGCAGCAUUUCGUGAUAAACCAACUAAUAAUAAUUUAAGUAUCAAUCGGCAGCGACAAUUAGAAUAUCUUAAAAAAAUGGAAGAAAAGAUCAGAAGUAGAAAGAUACAAACAAAAGUUGCAAAAAGAACAGAGAAUACGUUAUCUAUAUUUAUUUUAGAUAUAAGCAAAGUACUUUGUGACGAAUGUAGUGCAUCUUGGGUUCCCUUGAAAGAAAUCGAUCAAUCAGGGCCAGAUGAAAGAAUUUUGUAUUCGCUUGUGAUGGGAAGAGGAGAGUUAAUUGUAUUUGGAGGUAUUCGUAAAGAGCAAACUACUAUGCAAAGUCAGCCAGAUGUGGAUGAUUUAGAAGUGUAUAAUGAUCUGCAUUUUAUAAAUCCACCAAAAUAUGUUAUAUAAUAUUAUAUAAACGCGAAAGCUUGGUUUUCAAGAUUCCUAUGUGUGAGAAUGAAAUUAAAAUUAUUGUCUUUAUUAACUUAAUAGUAAUAUGCAUAUAUGAUAGCACCAAUGUCACAUGUAAUUUUAUGUUACUAAUAGGAAUUGUUAAUAUUUCUUUAAAAGUGAUUAUUUCGAAAUUUGAUUGAAAUAGAUAUUUAAUUUGAUAUUCACUUUUUUUCAUAGUAUUUAAAUUAAAAAAAAAAAAAAAAAAAAAAAAAAAGAAAAAUUUUAAUGUUUUUUGUUUCUUGUUAAUAGACGGAAGUACUGUGGAACCUAUUCACUUCUAUAAGACCUAAGAUCUAAGGUGACGGAAUUGAUGUGAUAAUAAUUUUAAAACACAAGAGAAUCAAAUACUUCGGACAUAAA